CCACGCUCAAUUCCUGUGGUGCGCUCCCUUGCUAGACAAGAUGGCUACCAGCGCAAAGACGGAGGUGUCGCAACCCGUCCUGGCUCCGGCUGCUGGCAAGGUGCAUUAUCCUUUCUGGUUUGGGGGCUCUGCCUCGUGCUUCGCAGCGGGUGUCACUCACCCGUUAGAUCUCGUGAAGGUGCGCUUGCAAACGCGUGGACCUGGCGCCCCGACGAGCAUGCUGGGCACAUUUGCCCAUGUCGCCAAGAGUAAUGGAAUCCUAGGGUUGUAUAGUGGUCUCUCCGCAGCUGUCCUACGCCAGUUGACUUACUCAACCACCCGAUUCGGUAUCUAUGAAGAAAUGAAAUCCUACCUCACGGCCUCCGGACAACCCCCCGGCACCCUCACAUUAGUCGGAAUGGCCUGCACAUCAGGCUUCCUGGGUGGGAUUGCAGGAAACCCUGCUGAUGUUAUGAACGUGCGGAUGCAGUCCGAUGCCGCACUACCACCCUCCCAACGUCGCAAUUACAAGCACGCCUUUCACGGGCUCGUACAGAUGACUCGCGCAGAAGGACCUGCGAGUUUGUUCCGUGGCGUCUGGCCCAACUCGACACGUGCCGUGCUCAUGACGGCAUCGCAGCUGGCUUCGUACGAUACCUUCAAGGGACUGUGUAUUGACAAUUUUGGCAUGUCGGAUAACCUGCUGACGCAUUUCACGGCGUCGUUUUUGGCCGGGUUUGUGGCUACGACUGUUUGCAGUCCUGUUGACGUUAUCAAGACCAGAGUUAUGAGUGCGUCGCCGACGGAAAGCGCUGGGCAUUCGAUCCUGGGUCUGCUGCGGGAGAUCUCCCGUAAGGAAGGCCUGGGUUGGGCUUUCCGGGGGUGGGUUCCCAGUUUCAUUCGGCUGGGACCGCAUACUAUUGCGACGUUUUUGUUCUUGGAAGAACAUAAGAAGAUUUACCGUAAGUUGAAGGGUGUCCCGGAGGCUCAGCAUGCAUAGACUUGAUUUUCUUUUUUCUUUGCCCGUGAGGGAAGGCGACCAGUACAAAAGUCUUGUUUUUUUGGUUGUACAUAUUUUGAUCUAUUUGCAUUUGGGUUUUGUGUUUUUUGGUUCUUUUCUUUUUCUUGUCGAGGACAUACCCAUCAUUGCGGUUAUCGGAUUCAGGAUCUAGUGUUAUAUAUACAGGUGGGAUUGGAUAGACAGAAUGAUAAGACUACAUAUCAAUUGUUGUUCGGGA